UGAGCAGCCCCAAAGACACGGACAAAGGGGUGGACACACUGCUCCGCCUAUCCAAAUAAAAACAAUAAACAAAUCUUUUCUAAUGCAAAAUUUAUCUAAUGAUCUUCAAAAACCGUCUAAUUGGCGGGUAAAUCUGGACGAUACUAAAAUCAAGCUUGAUGUGAGCUUAAAGCUAAUGAAAAAAUAUGAAUGGUUACUGGAUGCCUACGUUCUGGAUUUCUUUCUGGACGACCACUGGAGCCAGCUUCCUGAAAAUUUGCAGCUUCACUUUAAAGACAUCCCCUUGGAGCACCUUUGCGAGCUACUGCAAACUGAAGAAACCGAAAAGCUGACAUGGCCGCGGGAACUGGUGGACUUGAAACGAAAUCUCAAGGAACUUUGCAUCAGCCGAACGCCCCGAAAUCACACUGAAACCUCCCUUCCCUGCCCAUUGCUGGAGCACCCAAAACUAAAACACAUGUUUACCAAGCGGGUGAAGCCAAAAAAGCAACAUGAAAUUCGAAGGAUGGCCGAAAUUUGUGCUCUGAGCCAUCGGCAGACACCUGUUGAAUUCAUUGUGGAUUUUGGCGCAGGCGUAGGUCAUCUGGCGCGCAUUCUUGGCUACGGAUUUGGGAUUCAAGUGUGCUGCUUUGAGAUGCAGGACGAGCUCAAUCAGCAGGCAAGGGAAAUCGAUGCGAAACUGGAGUCCAUGGCCACGAAACACCUCCAUGAGAGUGAGACGAAUCACUUUCAGCGACCAGUGCACCUUACCCAGCGCUUGGAGAGCGAUACCCAGCAAGAACACUUCCUUUCCUGCAUUCGCGAUGCCCUACAAUUGAAAAAAGAAGAUUUUAGCUUCGGAAUCGUUGGGUUGCAUCCUUGCGGCAACUUGGGGCCAACGCUGAUGCGCAUGUUCCUUGGCUGCCCCCAAGCUAAGUUCCUGAACUUUGUGGGCUGCUGCUAUCAGAAAAUGAACACCGAAAUAACGCAUCCUAGAAACCAAGUUCAUGGCUAUCCUCUCAGCAGUUUCCUGAAGGACACACGAGAAUCACAGCUUAGCUAUGAGGCCAGAGAGAUCUCGUGCCACGCAAUGGAAGUCUAUCACGAUCGGCUUCAGGUUGGCGACUACGAACACCUGCGAAUUCACUCUCUCCGGGCUGCCGCCGAGCGUAUCAUUGUGCAGGAAUUCCCUCACCUUCGGCACUGCGCGCUGCGAAAUGUGAAGCACUCGCCUGGGAUGACUUUCCAUGAAUAUUUCCAGAGAGCCGUACAAGGAACCCGUUUCGAAGCUUUGGACAGCCGGCUUCUGAGCAACGAGCAAACGGAUGAAGAUCUUAAGAACUGGAAACGAAUCGUCGUUUUCUACACUUUGCGACUAAUGCUAGCUCCUCUGGUGGAAAGCAUAAUACUCUAUGAUAGGUGUCUGUUUCUGCAGGAAAAUGACUGUGAUGUUCGGAUAGAGGCUAUUUUUGAUCCUCGGCUCUCACCACGAAACCACAUCACCAUGGCUGUGAAACCGCAAUUUUUAUAAUGCCAACCCUAAUCUGACCAUAAAUCCCGCAGAAACGAGCUGUCGUCUGAUUCUUAUCGCUAAGUACUCAUGUGGCCAAGUUGAAAGUUGCUUUUAUAUUUGUUUACUUUUAUUAAUGUAAAGAUAAUAU